GUUAUGCGGAGAUCGACAACAUUAGUAAAAUAAUAACGACGAUGUUAACAUCCGAAUGAGAUAAAAGCCAAGACUGAUGCGUGACGAGUGACGCACAGCAUGCCAUGCCAGACUAUGUAAGGAAGAUAGAAACGAAUUGGAAGAGAAGGAGUGCUAAAGAGAGAUAUAAUUCGCGUUGCGUUGCGUUAUGUUCGUCAGUGAAUAGAUGAACGCGCAGCUCAGAACCGGAUUUGGAUUUGACCUAGGGGCUUAGAUAGCAACGACGAAGAGCGCGUAGAAAUGUGUUUAGUAUUUGGUUUCCCUAGUAGAGUCAAAGAGACAAAAGAACAAAACCCGAAAGGUAAAGGACAGUGUCCACGCUGCCACAAUAUUUCAGUCACGUAUGGUAAGGAGAGGUACUGGUUUGAGUUCUUCUUCAUUAGACUGAUCCCACUCUGUGGUUCAAAUAUAUCUGGCAAGGCAAGAGAAAGUGAAGACAGAAGACAGAAGACCCAUAAGCAAUAAUAACCACAUUCAUUCUACAAUUUCUAUCACAAUUAUCAAUAUUUCUACUAUCUUUUGUACUCUAAU